AUGAAUCAGCUUAGUGGCACCAUUCCUUCAUCACUAGCAAACUUGAGCAACCUACAACAUUUGUACCUUGAUGAGAACAAUUUAUCUGGUACCAUUCCUAUUGAACUUGGGAAUUUAAAAUCUCUCACUUUUCUUCGGGUGAGCAAGAAUCAAGUAAGUGGCAACAUUCCUUCCUCACUAGCAAACCUGAGCAACCUAUAUCGUCUGAAUCUGGCUCAUAAUAAGUUAUCUGGUCCCAUUCCUAUUGAUCUUGGGAAAUUGAAGUCUCUCACUAGGCUUCUCGUAAGCAACAAUACACUUAGUGAUUCUAUUCCUUCAUCAAUUGCAAAUCUGAGCAACCUACAAUUUCUGUUCCUCGAUCAGAAUAAAUUAUGUGGUCCAAUUCCUAUUGAACUUGGGAAUCUGAAGGCUCUCACUAAUUUCCAUGUGAGCCAAAAUCUACUAAGUGGUUCGAUUCCUUCCUCGCUAGAAAACCUCAGUAACCUACAGUGUAUGUACCUAUAA